AUGGAGCGAAUUAAUCGAAUGCUUCAAGCUGCCUCAGGCAUUGGUAUGGGUGGCGGUGCCCCCGGUGCUGAUAGCCCAAACUUGAUCGAUAAUUCAGAAACCGUCCACAUCUCAUCCCUAGCCCUCCUGAAGAUGUUACGACACGGUCGGGCUGGUGUGCCCAUGGAAGUCAUGGGGCUGAUGUUGGGAGAUUUUGUGGACGAGUAUACCGUGCGGGUUGUUGAUGUUUUCGCCAUGCCCCAAAGUGGAACUGGUGUUAGUGUUGAAGCCGUGGACCCCGUCUUCCAGACCAAGAUGAUGGAGAUGUUACGGCAGACUGGCCGACCCGAAACUGUCGUCGGCUGGUACCACUCCCAUCCUGGAUUCGGCUGCUGGCUCUCAUCCGUUGAUAUCAACACUCAACAAUCCUUCGAACAACUCACACCGCGUGCCGUCGCAGUCGUCGUCGACCCUAUCCAAUCCGUCAAGGGAAAAGUCGUCAUCGAUGCCUUCCGACUUAUCGCGCCGCAGACAGUUGUCAUGGGCCAAGAACCACGCCAGACCACAUCCAAUCUUGGCCACCUCAACAAACCAUCCAUCCAGGCCUUGAUCCACGGCCUGAACCGUCACUACUACAGCAUUGGAAUCAACUAUAGAAAAACCGGCCUCGAAGAAAACAUGCUGAUGAACCUGCACAAGCAUGUCUGGACUGAAGCCCUUCAAAUGAACGACUUCCGUGAGGACUGCAACCGCAACGUUGAGCGUCUACAGCAAUUGGUGGAAUUAGCCGAGGGCUACGAGAAGAGAGUUAAAGAAGAAUCUACAUUGACCAAAGAGCAAUUGAAGACUCGCUAUGUCGGAAAGGUUGACCCGAAGAAGCAUAUCGAGGACGUGGGCCAGGAAUUGAUCGAAGACAAUAUCGUCGCUGUAUCAAGACAAAUGAUCGAUAAGGAGUCUUCCAUCGCCAAGACGCCGAAUGGGCAGAAGAGCGAUAAUGACGCACAAAUGGAUGUAGAUGAGGAGCUAUAG